UACGGCCCUGUAAAAUGUAGCGCCUGUUUCAAAACGCCUCGAUGCUCGGCACCAGUCUCGCUUAGUCAGUUGGCGUCGCGACGCCGCCGCCAGAGGUAUUCGAGAGUCACGCACGAUACAAUUGCCGGGUAUUCUCCGUUUCUGACAUAAACGGAGAUAAUUAUUCAAAGAGACGUUCAGUGUACGCGAACAGUGGACAUCACAAUUCAAUUUUCACCUUUGUUCCAGCUUCGAGAAGCUGUUUCUUCGAGGAGGAAACCAGAUUCAUCGAGUGAAAAGUAUAUUAACGAAUUAAUAUUUAAUGAAAAACGAAAUUAAGACUGCGUGGAACGGUUAAAUGUGAAGAUUCCAGUAUCUCGCAGGAUCACGUUAUCUACAUUGUGUCAAUGUAGAGUGCAUUAUCGAUGAGCCACGAGCUUUUCAACUUUGCCCCAAUCGUUCCCAGGAGGAGGGUUUAAUUCAAUCAUCCGGUGCUAAGGAUCAUUCGUUCUUGGUACAAAUGACGCGUAUCAAGAUAACAAAGGACACGACUGAUAUGUUCUCAAUCAGAGUCAAAUGACGAACGAGUCUCGCGAUUCCUUCGAUUAGCAAGAAAAGAAGGAAUAAGAAGAAAAAGAGAGUGAACGAAGGGAUUCUUUUUGUCGAAGAAUAUCCUGCCGAAGGAGAAGAGUGGAAAGAGACAGCAAUUAGACUUGUAUAGCAUUUCAUCGAAUAAUAAUAAUCUGUGAGAUUUGUCAAGUCAACGUCAUAGUUUGAUCGUUGCACAAUUUGUACAAUUUGUACUGUUAAAUAUACAUAUACCGUUUGGUGAUAUUUCUUGUGAAUAGAUGUUUGCAAGACUCUAGUAUGUAAACCCAAGCUAGUUUAAUCAUCAUUUAAUAGCUUAAUUAGAGAAGUGUUUAAUUAAGAAGUAUCUACAAAAAUUUCAUCUCCAAAAGAGUUUUAAAAGGUUGAAUUUCACGAGAAAGUAAAUUACCCAUUGUUUCAAAAUUCCUUAUACAAGAAAGAAAAAGAAAUAGAUAUUAAAUCCUAGAAGAGGCAUCAUAUUAUAUUCUCGAGUGAAAGAAACGAUGUUUAUAUAUUUGAUUAAUUUAGCUACUUCAAAGACAAGAUUUCUCCAAUCAAAAUUUACUUCGUUUUAAUUCGAUCAAAUCACCGAAAGUCCUCGCGCGGUAUUUUCCAGUAUUGCUAAGUUGGAAGCUUUUUGAACAUUUACAUCUCCUCGUCGACGUUUCUUUCUUCUUAUCACUCCUUUUUUAGGUAACAAAUUUGCUAAAUCGACCCUUAAAUCAAAACUAUUCGAGUACCUGAUGCCUAAAUCUGUCGGGACAGUUAAUCUAUUUAUUGCUAAGAUGCAUCCAGGGUCGUUGACCUAUGGUAUGUCGCUCGAAUAAUUUUAGGCAGUCACGAAUUUGGAAAUUAACCGUGCCAUUGGGCUCGAAAUUAAAAAAGGAGGGGCAUGGUCAAGAUCAAUGAAUACCAUCCACACGUGUCCGUUCUUUUUAAUCGCGAAUGAUUUACGCGCGAUACGUUUUCAGCGUUUAUUUUCUUCCACUUUCUUAUUUCAUAAAUUCACAAAAUAUUAAAAUGAAAAACAAAAAUUCCUAAUGAAUUAUUGAAAUUAUCGUGAUGAUAUAUCCUCGAAUUUUUUCAGAAUUAAUAGCAUAUUAAUUCGAGGACGUCUUAGAUUAUCUAAAGCACGGUGGUUUUAAGUUAAAAGACACUCUGCAGAAAGAUUCGAGCAUCUUGGAAUAUACUCGAUUGUAAAUUUGCGAAGCAUAUUCGAUUAUUCGACGACCCGAUUUCUGUGGUAAAUUCCGCGUGGAAUUUUGAUUAAGACUUGCCAACCGAAUUCGCCAUCAUGAUUUAUUUAUACGCAUGUUCUCAAAUGAAAUAAUAUCGGAUUCGAAGAAAGUCGAGCCUUUGCCGAAGAUUCUCUAUCGAUUUUAACGCUGUUCAAAGCGUAAAAUAUUAUACGUGAUGUAUUUUGUAAUAAAUGUAUACGUGAUUUAAUAAUCCAGCCAAUCUUCUACUGGAACACUUCCUUAAGGUAAAGAUAAAGAUCGUGUUAAUUGAAAAACUCGAAGGAAAUAUAUUAUGCCAUUCAGAAGAAACAAUGGAGAAAAGAAAGAAUGACGAUUCAUGAUUCUCUGAUUCUUAUUCCAAGUGAGAAAUCUUUUGAUUAAAAAUAUUCUAAAUUACAUUAGAAACUAUAUCAAAAUCGUGAUUAAAUUUAAUAUAAUACCACAAACGGGUUGUUAUUUUUCUUUAUCAACGAGGCGAAAAUAUAUCUUACGGAAAUGUCAAGUUCGCCAGAUGGGCGGAAGGCCCCUCCUCCGAGGCUGAAGAUUCAACUUCCUUUACCAGGGCAGUAUUAUCCGCAGACUGGUAUGGGAUACGUUUCAACCCCGUAUGGCCAAACUCCUAUGCCGAUGACACCGGUUUCCGGUCAACCGCAGAUGCUUUACGCGAACAAAGCCAGCGAAUUUGUGUUUAGCCAGUUCAAAGGCAUCAAGGAUCUGACCAAAUCUGGAUUGAGCGUCGGCGAGAAGAGCGCAUUUUGGCUUUACGAGAAGGUCAGUUCCUGGAGCAAACGAUGGUUCACGCACAUUUUCUUAUUUGUUAUCGUGCUUUUGUACAGUAUUGGAGGCGCGAUGAUAUUUGUCACGAUCGAGGGAACCAACGAGGAAGUGGCGCAUGGUAACAUUCGAAAAGAAAGGUGAGUAUACGAGAGAUGAAAUUUUUGAAAAAUUCUUUUGUAUUUGAUCUAUAAUUUCAAACAUGCAAUUAAUUUUUUAUAAGUUAUAUAGGAAGUAAGCAAGAAAGUUUUAUCGUUUCUUUUUUCUUUUAUGGAAAGGAAGAUGCAAGAAAUUUUGUAGAAAACAAAUUUUUCAUUAAGUUAUUUUUAAAAAGUGAUCGAUUUUAUAAAAAUUAUAGUUUUAAGAGUUUGAUUUUGAUAAGAAUUAUUGAAGUAUUAAAAAUAUUAUUACAAGUAUUUGCUAAAUUUUAAUUAUAUAUACAUACGUAUAAUAAUUUUAAAUAAUCAUUUAUUUUAUUGAUAUUUUUUUAUCAUGAGAGAAAUGAUGAAAACUUCUUUGAUUUUAUUUAAUUUAAGAAUGUUAUUAUAAAUGUUAUUGUAAUAUAUUUUAUGUUAUUUAAUUAUUUUCGUAUAAUUUUAUAUAAUAUAUAAAUUAAGUUUAAAUAUUUAAGUUAUUAACUUUAUAAUUUAUAAUGUUUAUAAAUAACUUAUAUAUAAGAUGAUAAAGUUAUAUAAAUAAUAUAAAAAUUAUUAAUAUAUCUAAAUAAAGUUUAAUAAAAUUUACUUAAGGAAAA